GUCCGAGGAGCCGAUCACGUUUGGGGCGGCUGUGCUUUACAGCCUCUUCUGGGUUGGUUGCGCAGCGAUGUUCUGCGUCUACGUGUACUUCGCGCGCAGCCCGGAGGACGCGUACCAGUGGUGGGUCGGCUACCUGCUGGAGUGGAUGCUCUCGGUGGACAACCUGUUCGUCUUCCAGAGCAUCUUCAAGGUCAUGGGCACGCCAGACGACCAGAAACACAAGCCGCUGUUCUGGGGCAUCAUCGGCGCGGUCGUUUUUCGAAUGGCGUUCUUCGUCGUCGAGGAGCUGCUGGUGCACAGCUUCGCUUGGACGCACUUUGUGCUGGGACUGUUCCUGAUCUACACGGGCGUCAAG